AUACAUUAUUUUAUGCAUUAUAACUAUAUAAUAUUUUAUCAAAAUUUAAAACCCAAGUUUAUUAAAAACUGAAUUUUUUUUUGAAGUGAUAUGUAAUAAUGACAAAUCAAGCGUAAAAAAGUUGGCAUAAAAAGAAAAUGAAACGUGUAUGCAUUUAUCUGCAAAUUGCUUUUGUAGCAUUUACAUCAAAACAAUGUCUUGGAGUUAGAAAUGGUUUCGACGACAAAUCUUUACAAGAAAGUUGCAAAGAUGCAGUUGUUGAUGUUGGAUUUAUUCUUGACUCUUCUGGUAGUUUGCGCAUAGAUUACAAAAAUGUAAAGGAAUUUUUAAAGACUAUUGCAUCCUUUUUUGACAUUAAAGUUAAUGGCUCUCGAGCAGGAGUCAUUACAUUUAGCCAUCGUAGUGAACAUAGUAUUAAACUUAAUGAUUUUUCAGACAUAGCUUCUUUUAAUGAAGCUGUUGAUAAAAUUCCAUUUAUGGGUUCUACAACAAGAAUUGACAAAGCUCUUCGCCAUUCAAAAAAUGUAAUGUUUACAAAUCAAAAUGGUGGACGAUUAGAAGCAACUAAGUUACUCAUUUUAUUAACAGAUGGAGCACAAACUCCAAGUGUAGAAAUGGAAGUCCCUCAUAUUAUAGCUGAUGAAAUACGUCAGAAUGGUGUAUCAAUUAUAGCUAUCGGAAUUGGGGAAGGUAUCAAUAAAACUGAACUGAGUCACAUAGCUGGUGGGGACGAAAAUACAUAUAAUGCUGAUACAUUUGAAGAGUUAAAAAAGUUUGAUUUUAUAAAAAGAAUUAAAGAAGUUGUCUGUAGUUCAGUGAAGAGAAGUUUAUCAGACAAAGAAAUAAAAAACAAUGAUAACACUGAGGGCAGAUCGUUUGGGAUGGAUGUUGUUUUUGCAAUGGAUGUGUCAUCCUAUUCUUCAAAUGAAAUGCUUCGUGAACAAAAAAGUUUAAUUAGAUCACUGACUUCAUUUUUUUUACCUUCUCAAUUAAACAAGUUGGGAUUACUAACAUAUUCUAACAAAGGAGUUGUAAAAUCUGAAUUGAGUUCUGUGUUUGACAGCAUGGUUUUAGAUGACAUUGACAACUCUUUUGGUUUGCAAAGAGUUGAUUCGGCUGUUGAGGUUGCUUCUGAAAUGUUUUUAAAACAAGGUAGUGAUAACAGAAUGACAAGGAAUAGAAAAAAGGUACUUGUACUUUUUGUAACAAGCAAAAGAGCAUCUACAAAACCUCCAUUUCUAUCUGAAAGAAGUGGAAAGUUACUACAUAGUAAUGAUGUGAGAACUGUUGUUAUAGCUCUUGAUGAUAUCGGUGAAGAUUUUGCAAGAAAUAUACCUCAAGCUUAUUUUUUUAAAUAUUUUGAAGAUGAAUAUGAUAAGAGAGUUAAAGAUUUAUUGCAAUAUAUGCAUAAGCAAGCUAAAGGCAGGUCAUUUGGGAUGGAUGUUGUUUUUGCAAUGGACGUGUCAUCCUAUUCUUCCAAUGAAAUGCUUCAUGAACAGAAAAGUUUAGUUAGAUCACUGACUUCUUUUUUUUUACCUUCUCAAUUAAACAAGUUAGGAUUAUUAACAUAUUCUGACAAAGGAGUUGUAAAGUCUGAACUAAGUUCUGUGUUUGACAGCAAGAUUUUAGAUGAUAUUGACAAUUCUGUUGGUUCGCAAAGAGUUGAUUCAGCUGUUGAAGUUGCUUUUGAAAUGUUUUCAAAACUAAGUAGUGAAAACAAAAUGACAAGGAAUAGAGAAAAGGUGCUUAUACUUUUUGUAACCAGCAAAAAAGUAUCUUCUAAACCCCCAUCUCUUUCUGAAAGAAGUGGAAAGUUGCUACAUAGUAAUGAUGUGAGAACUGUUGUUAUAGCUCUUGAUGAUAUUGGUGAAGAUUUUACAAAAAAUAUCCCUCAAGCAUAUUUUUUUAAAUAUUUUGAAGAAAAGACUGAUAAGAGAGUACAAGAUUAUUUUCACAAUAUAAAUGCAUUAACUAGCUCGCCAUCACUUCCAAUAUCAACUUCAACAAUUCAAUCUACAAAUAUUUUUACUCAAGUUUCUACCCAAACUUUUACAACUACUGAGCAUCAUGUGCAACCUAGCUGUGAAGCCAUAGUGGAUGUUGCAUUCAUUUUGGAUUCAUCCGGAAGCUUGAAAACCGAAUAUCAAAAAGAAAAGAAUUUUUUAAAGACACUGGCUGCUAUGUUUGGAAUCAGCCCAAAUGGUUCAAGAGUAGGGGUCAUCACAUUCAGCUUUCAUGCUCAGCUUAGUAUCAAGCUAAAUAGCUUUAGCGACUUGAGCAGCUUUAAUGCAGCUGUAGACAAUAUUCCACUCAUGGGUUUAACAACAAGGAUUGACAGAGCACUUCGUCUGGCACAAAAUGAAAUGUUUACACUGGAAAACGGUGGUAGGAUAGGAGUCACUAAAUUAAUCAUUUUAUUGACAGACGGUUCUCAAACCUCUGGUGGUGAUGCAGAGGACCCUGACAUGAUAGCAGAUGAGCUGCGCAAGGAAGGCUUUGUAAUUAUUGGUGUUGGUAUUGGAUCGCAAGUAAAUCAAACUGAGCUUAUCCACAUUUCUGGUAGUCAGGCCAAUGCAUACAGUGCUGCUACAUUUGACACUCUUAAGGACAAUGAUUUUAUACACAAAAUAAAAAAUAGCUCCUGCGAAAUAGCAAAAGUCCAACCUAGUUGUCAAGCUGUUGUAGAUAUUGGCUUUAUACUUGACUCAUCUGGCAGUCUGAGAAAAGACUACCAUAAAGAGAAGGAUUUUUUAAAGAGCCUGAUUGCUGUAUUUGGUUUAAGUGCCAAUGGAUCAAGAGCAGGAGUGAUAACAUUCAGUUAUCUUACUGAGCACAGUAUCAUGCUGAACAGUUUUUCAGACUUGAGUAGCUUUAAUAAAGCUGUUGAUGAUAUUCCGCUAAUGGGUUUAACAACAAGAAUAGAUAGAGCACUUCGUCUUGCACAAAGAAAAUUGUUCUUAUCAAAGCACGGAGGUAGAAAGGGUGUUGCAAAAUUACUGUUUGUAUUGACAGACGGUUCUCAAACUCCAGAUGCUGAUGCUGAAGAUCCAGACAUGAUUGCAGAUGAAUUGCGGGCAAUGGGAGUUUCCAUUAUUGGCAUAGGUAUUGGUAGUGAGGUGAAUGAAACUGAGCUAGCUCAUAUUGCUGGUGGCGAAAGUAACAGAUACAGUGCGAGCACAUUUGAUAAACUGAAAGAAAGAACUUUUUUAAACAACAUUAAGAUGAGUUCAUGUAAAAUAGCAUCUGAUGGUUUUUCAAAUGGUUCUAUAACUGAUAUAACUGAUGAUAAAAAUGAUGAACAGAAAACAACGUUAACUCCUCUUAUAACAACAUUAACUAGCUUGCCGUCACUGCCAACACCAACUUCAACGACUCAAUCAACAAAAGGUUUUACUCAAGUUUCUACUCAAACUUCUACAACUACUGAGCAUCAUGUGCAACCUAGCUGUGAAGCCAUAGUGGAUGUUGCAUUCAUUUUGGAUUCAUCCGGAAGCUUGAAAACCGAAUAUCAAAAAGAAAAGAAUUUUUUAAAGACACUGGCUGCUAUGUUUGGAAUCAGCCCAAAUGGUUCAAGAGUAGGGGUCAUCACAUUCAGCUUUCAUGCUCAACUUAGUAUCAAGCUAAAUAGCUUUAGCGACUUGAGCAGCUUUAAUGCAGCUGUAGACAAUAUUCCACUCAUGGGUUUAACAACAAGGAUUGACAGAGCACUUCGUCUGGCACAAAAUGAAAUGUUUACAUUGGAAAACGGUGGUAGGAUAGGAGUCACUAAAUUAAUCAUUUUAUUGACGGACGGUUCUCAAACCUCUGGUGGUGAUGCAGAGGACCCUGACAUGAUAGCAGAUGAGCUGCGCAAGGAAGGCUUUGUAAUUAUUGGUGUUGGUAUUGGAUUGCAAGUAAAUCAAACUGAGCUUAUCCACAUUUCUGGUAGUCAGGCCAAUGCAUACAGUGCUGCUACAUUUGACUCUCUUAAGGACAAUGAUUUUAUACACAAAAUAAAAACUAGCUCCUGCGAAAUAGCAAAAGUCCAACCUAGUUGUCAAGCUGUUGUAGAUAUUGGCUUUAUACUUGACUCAUCUGGCAGUCUGAGAAAAGACUACCAUAAAGAGAAGGAUUUUUUAAAGAGCCUGAUUGCUGUAUUUGGUUUAAGUGCCAAUGGAUCAAGAGCAGGAGUGAUAACAUUCAGUUAUCAUGCUGAGCACAGUAUCAUGCUGAACAGUUUUUCAGACUUGAGUAGCUUUAAUAAAGCUGUUGAUGAUAUUCCGCUAAUGGGUUUAACAACAAGAAUAGAUAGAGCACUUCGUCUUGCACAAAGAAAAUUGUUCUUAUCAAAGCACGGAGGUAGAAAGGGUGUUGCAAAAUUACUGUUUGUAUUGACAGACGGUUCUCAAACUCCAGAUGCUGAUGCUGAAGAUCCAGACAUGAUUGCAGAUGAAUUGCGGGCAAUGGGAGUUUCCAUUAUUGGCAUAGGUAUUGGUAGUGAGGUGAAUGAAACUGAGCUAGCUCAUAUUGCUGGUGGCGAAAGUAACAGAUACAGUGCGAGCACAUUUGAUAAACUGAAAGAAAGAACUUUUUUAAACAACAUUAAGAUGAGUUCAUGUAAAAUAGCAUCUGAUGGUUUUUCAAAUGGUUCUAUAACUGAUAUAACUGAUGAUAAAAAUGAUGAACAGAAAACAACAUUAGCUCCGCUUAUAGCAACUACUAAAUCUUUUGUUUUCAAUCAAAGUUGUAUAAAAAAGACUGGUUUAUAUACAAAUGCAUCUGAAGGUUGUUUUCUUAAGAAUAUGCAUCUUUUAGAUGAAAGUAUUGAAUUUUCUAAUAAUUUGCUACUAUCUGGAAAUUUUGAUGAAUCAAUAGUUAGUUUUCCAAAGAGUUAUUUGGAGACGAUUUUUAAAUAUGAAAAAAAUCUUCGAAAGAUAAUUUUUGAACUUCAGCCAUCUCUUGAGAGGUUGGGAUUGGGAAGCAGUUGUAUAUUGCAUGAUGAUGAAGAAGAAAAAUCUAAUCCUUUUUUACUUAUAAAAAAAAGCGAUAUUUUAGAUAAAGCAAGAGAAAUGGGAGGUGGACAAUUUGUGGAUAUGUUGUGGGCUACUGGUUUGGCAAAGGAAAUUUUAAAUUCUAAUAAAGAUAUUACAUUAAUAGUUCCUUUGUCAAUACGCAACAUUCCGGAUUUUAUUAAAAGAAAAAUGAAUAAUGCUUGCUUGCUUAGACGAAUGCUUAAUUAUCAUAUUGUUCCUGGGAAGCAAUUGCUUUCAAGUUUGAAAAAUAAUGAUGUAACAAUAUCACUUUAUGAAACUAAUGAGUCGAUCAAUAAUAACGAAUUCCACGAGUCGGCUACUUUGAGAGGUGCUGUUGUUAAAGGUUUCGACAUUGAAGUUCGUGGUGGAGUUAUACAUACUGUGGAAACAUUUAUAUUACCGAUAGAGAUGGAUACAUAGCCUAUGCUUGAAGUACACAAGUUUUUAUUUAAUGUUCAAUUAAAGUUAAAUGAUUCUGCACAAACAAAUGUUAUACUUACCGGCCAUUAUGUUUCCGACCGCUCAAAAUUAAAAAAAUUUAAAUUAAUAACGCGAAUUAUAUCAAAUUGUUUUGACAA